UCGUAAUAACUUUACACUUUUAUUUGUCAUAGAAGUUUUGACAAGUUUCCUUGCCCCUCCUUUUUUUGCCUUAUCUCCCACCCACUAGUAUAAUUUUUGGACAUGUGCCUUUUUGGUGCUGUCAGUCAUUUUAAAAUUGCAUUUAAUGUAUCCUUAUUGGAUACAUUAAUAACUACAUUAAUAACUGUAGCUUUCAUGCCUUUUCCUCAUUUUAAGAGGAAAAUAUGUCACCUGUAGAAUUCUAAAUUGAGUAAAUAGGUGUAUGACUCAUGCAUGGCUUGUGUGACAGUCGGAUGAGCUCCUCUUUUAACAGGCGAGCGAAUAAUCUUGCCCUUCAGAACCCCACGGGUGAAGGGAGAACAGAACAGUAGGAGGGGAGGAGAAGGGGGGAGUAGAUAAUUUUGGGGUGCCAGGAGAUGGGGAGAGUGUGUGCAGGGUUAGAGUUCAGAAGCAGCAGGGUGGGAUGAGGUAGUGAGAGAUGAGGAGGGAUCACAAGAAAUUCCCACGGUGCCAGGAGGUGGUGCCGGCUGAGAGUAAUGGGAAGAAGAGUAGGGGAGGAUGGAGGAAGGGCACCCCAGGAAGUGGGCUGGGUGAGUCAGUGGGAGGGAGGAGAGGUUUGGGGAUAUAGAGCUGUGGGGGAUCCCAGACCUUUAACCCUGAAUCCCUACCCAAGCCUUGUUCCUUUAGAGCCUACACUCCAGUUUUAUUUUUGUUCAGUUUCACUUCAUUAAACAUUUUUCCAGCCAAAUAUUAUUUUAACUCUUGACCUCCCUCUCCCACUUAUUACCCCCCUCUUCAUAUAACCUCCCCAUGUCUAUGCACAGUGACCUUGGCCACUGAUCCUCAGUCCUUGCUGCAUUCCUCCCUCCCAUAGCAGGGCCCCUCCCCAGGCACAAAUGGGCACUUUGUUGAUGAUGUCACAGGGUGGUAGUGUAGCCUGUACAAUUUUUACACCUAUAAGGUUACGUAUUGGGGUACAACUUACCUUUGUACAUGGCUACUCACAGUUAAUUAAAUGAAUGCGGUCCAACUGCUGAGAUACUGCAUAGCAACCUAAUUGUGAAAGCCCGCCCCAAACUUCCUUCUUUCAGAAUCCUGUGGAGUAUUGCACCUGUUUAUGGUUACUUGUUACUUUCUCAAAAUGAGGGUGCAAAAUAUCUGACCUAGGAUUCUCUCCUUAGGCCAGAUUUCAGCAUAACUACUCCCACGAAGCCUCAACCUAAUAUAAGGCCCUUAAUUGUUGCAAGCUUAGGCUAUGUCUACACUGCCGCGGGGUGGAGUACAGGGGUCCACUGUAGAGCGAUCUGCAGUUGAUUUGGCAUGUCUUUACUCGACCUGCUACAUCGACCAUCGGUGGAUCGAUCUCAGAGCUUUUUGGGAGCAAGAAGAACUGGGCUCGCAGACGCAGGGAGCUCUACCGGAGCGAAGACAAAUGGACAGGCACAGUGAAAGGAAACCAAACCAUUUUCUACAGCAGGAUGGCUCAAGGGCAUUGGCCAAGUUUUCAGUUUCCAAACCUGAUGUGAUCUCACAGCUGGAACAAGGGGAAAAGCCAUGGGUCCCAGACCUCCAGGGCUCUGAGAAAGAAGUGCUCCUGAGAGCUGCCUGCUCAGGGAGUGACCUGUGUCUGGAUUCUCUCUGUCUCCCAUCAAGUGACGGGAUGGUGAGUGAGAACGAGCAGGAAAAUCCCCAGCAGGAAGAUGCUGAGCAAGUAGAACCACAUGGAACGUUAUCAGGAAGAUCCAAAGAGACUGUUUCAAGGAGUUGUGCACUCCCAGAAAAAGCAAAAGCCUGUGAGAUUCGGCAGAUGUCAGAGGAAAAAUUGAGUAGCCACUCAGACCUUAUUACAUAUGAGAGAAUCAACUUGGAAGAGACACGCUACACAUGCCAUGAGUGUGGGAAAAGCUUCAAUCGGAGCUCAGACCUUCUUACACAUUGGAGAACCCACUCUGGAGAGAAACCCUACACAUGCUCUCAGUGUGGAAAAAGCUUCAUUGAUAGUUCAACCCUCAUCUCACAUCAGCGAAUCCACACAGGAGAGACACCCUACACAUGCUUUGAGUGUGGGAAAAGCUUUAAUCACAGCUCUACCCUGAGCACACAUAGGAGAAUCCACACGGGUGAGAAACCUUUUGGAUGCUCUGAGUGUGGGACACGCUUCAUUCGUAGUUCAGCUCUCAUCUCACAUCAGAGAAUCCACACAGGAGAGAAGCCCUACACAUGCUCAGAGUGUGGGAAAAGCUUUAGUCAGCACUCACACCUUACCACACAUGGUAGAACCCACACUGGAGAGAAACCCUACACAUGCUCUGAGUGUGGGAAACGCUUCAACGAGAGCUCAAACCUUAUCACACAUCAGAGAAUCCACACAGGGGAGAAACCUUAUGGAUGCUCUGAGUGUGGGAAACGCUUCAAGGAGAGCUCAAACCUUAUUACACAUCGGAGAAUCCACACGGGAGAGAAGCCCUACAUAUGCUCUGAGUGUGGGAAAAGCUUUAGUCGGCACUCAACCCUUAUCAUACAUUCUAAAAUCCACACGGGAGAGAAGCCCUACACAUGCUCUGAGUGUGGGAAAAGCUUUAGUCAGCACUCACAACUUAUCUCACAUUGUAGAAGCCACACAGGAGAGACGCCCUUCACGUGCUCUGAGUGCGGGAAAAGCUUCAAUGAGAGUUCAAACCUUAUCACACAUCAGAGAAUCCACACAGGAGAAAAGCCUUACACAUGCGCUGAGUGUGGGAAAAGCUUUAGUCAGCACUCAACCCUUAUCACACAUGGUAGAAUCCACACAGGAGAGAAGCCCUACGCAUGCUCUGAGUGUGGGAAAAGCUUCAAUGAUCGCUCAAACCUUAUCACACAUGAGAGAGUCCACACAGGAGAGAAGCCAUAUACAUGUUCUGAGUGUGGGAAAAGCUUCAAUCAGAGCUCAAACCUUAUCAGACAUCAGAGAAUCCACACAGGAGAGAAGCCCUACACCUGCUCUGAGUGUGGGAAAAGCUUUAGUCAGCACUCACACCUUAUCGUACAUUUUAAAAUCCACACAGGAGAGAAACCCUACACAUGCUCUGAGUGUGGGAAAAGCUUUAGUUGGCACUCAGAACUUAUCUCACAUUGUAGAAACCACACAGGAGAGAGGCCCUUCACAUGCUCUGAGUGUGGGAAAAGCUUUAGUCAGCAAUCACACCUUAUCAGACAUCGUAGAAUCCAAACAGGAGAGACGCCCUACAUAUGCUCUGAGUGUGGGAAAACCUUCAGUAGAAGCUCUGACUUGAUUAUACAUCAGAGAAUCCACACGGGUGAGAAACCUUAUGGAUGCUCUGAGUGUGGGAAACGCUUCAUUCAGAGCUCAACCCUCAUCACACAUCAGCGAAUCCACACAGGAGAGAGGCCCUACAUGUGCUCUGAGUGUGGGAAAAGCUUCAGUCGGAGCUCUGACCUGAUUAUACAUCGGAGAAUCCACACGGGUGAGAAACCUUAUGGAUGCUCUGAGUGUGGGAAACGCUUCAUUCAGAGCUCAACCCUCAUCACACAUCAGCGAAUCCACACAGGAGAGAGGCCCUACACAUGCUCUGAGUGUGGGAAAAGCUUCAAAAACAGCUCACACCUUAUUAGACAUCAGAAAAUCCACAUGAGACAGAACUGUAACAAAUGCCUUGAUUAGGGCUGGGCAAAGAUUUGUUUUUUUUUAUUAAAUCACAUUCGCCAGUUCUCACAUAGUCAUCUGUGUACCAUCUUCACUGUGGUCUGUCAGCUCCCCCAGAUCAGUUGCCUGCUUCUCCCUUUUGCAGCUCACCCUUCUUUGGGAUCAGUCCUGUGAUCUGGUCUAUCAACUCCUUUCCUUUUGAGUCGUAGGAAUGUGUGUCCCUCCAGCCCGGAAUGUUCAACAGCUCCCGGAUGGGGAGAGAGGUUUGAUCCCAACAAGCUUCACUGAGGCAAAAUCUACCUGUACUUUACAUCCACUAAGACUGUACAUGGCAUUGGCUGCUCAAGUUAGUGACCUUGGUGUGAAAAGGCAAUUUUAGAUGUAGUGCAGAUGCAGCUCAGGUGCUGUGGUUGUCAUUAGCUUUCCCCUUGACCUGACCUAAACUCCACCACUUUUCCUAGUCUAAACAAACCGUGAGCAUCACGGUUAUACUGUUUCCCCCAUUUCAAAGCAAUCGGUAGUCAUCAAGUUCCCCCUUUGGGAACAAAUGGUUUCAUUCCCAGUUGCUCUGAUGUUGCUUCAGGUUGUGUUGGAGAGCAGAUAUUUUUACUACCAUUUUCCUUACUUAAAAUAUAUUGAACUAUAAUAAAGGGCAGGGAUAGGGGAAAAUGUCAUUUCCCCUCUGUAACAACAGAAGAAGAUAGGGUCAGUCAGAGGGAUUCCCUUAUUCCCCAUCACCAUCCCAAUCCCCCCUAUCGUUCAAUUGCUUAAGUCAAUAUUUUUUCUAAAGGGCUGGGAAGAGGAUUCCCUAGUAAAAAUGACUCGUAACUAAGCAAAAUACCCAUACACUUGGCUCCUAAAGCAGUUGUGGCCCAGGCCCGCAGGAGGUCACUCCUGAAGAUAUCUCCUUCCUAAUCAGAUGCAUGUUGCCUAUUAUUUGGGAAAUGCAAUCCCUAUCUAGGUCGGGAUGGGAAAAAUGGAAGUGACGUUUCUCUUGAGCUCACCCCUGGGAGAUGCUGCAAAUGUGUAGAAAAUGAAAUCCAUGUGGAAUGUGAUAGAGCUGCAGAAAGACACCUAUUUUUAAUAGAUACCUGAAAUUUGGUGUCUUACAGGGAUUCUAAGCAGCACCUGAAUUUAGUCCCUAAUUUAAAUCUGUGCCACCAGAUUAAAGGAAUAAAGGGCAUAGUUGGGGGA